GUAACGAAGACCAAAACUUCAUUUUCCGAAGUUAUUUUUUGACCAAAUUAUCCAGCGUGUCUUUUCUCGAUUCAAAACUCGUCGAAGAAAUAAAACUUGAUGCCUUUCACAUAUCCAGAUAAUCGCGACGUCGGACGUUUGCGCCGAGGAUUUGCGGACCCUGUCGAAAUUGCAUUACGACAUUUGCGAAAUUGAUCAUUCACGUGACAACAGCCUUCGUGAUACUGAGCACGACUCUCUAUUUCAUCCUCGACGAAAUUCUACGCCAGGAAAACAUGAAGACGAGCCUCAUUUUUGCACAUGUCCACGCUGAAUUGAUUUACAGCAUCCCGAUAAUAAUAAUCGUAAUAGUUUGCAACUGGACGACAAACGAGGCAGUUCAUACCGGAGCAUUAAUACACGCGAUUCAAGAGACGACUGCAGACUCCAAAUUAUACGACGUCAUUAAAUCGUUCUCGUUGCAGUUGCAUCAUCAGAAAUUGGAGUUUACCGGCGGUGGGCUUUUCCCUCUGGAUUCCAAACUGUUACAAACGAUGGCCGGGAAGAUAACGACCUAUUUGGUAAUACUUGUCCAGUUUCAGCCGAAAACGCACUGACUGUAGGGGUCAGUUUAAAUUGAAAAAGCGAAUGGAUGGGAGGAUUGAAAGAAGGAAUGUAAUAAAAGUGAGAUCGUUGUCUUAGU